AUGAUGGAUGAAGAAAAACGAAGAUUUGAAAUGGAAUUGGAAUUUGUUCAAGCGUUGGCAAAUCCGAAUUACCUGAACUGUGAGUUUCAUUUUAAAUAUGAAAUGUAUUUAUAAUAUCCUAUUUUUUAGUUCUGGCACAACGCGGAUAUUUCAAAGAGGAAUAUUUUGUAAAUUAUCUGAAAUAUUUGUUAUAUUGGAAACAACCAGAAUAUUCGAGGUCAGUUUGAAAUUUCAAUUUAGAAAUUGAACGUUUUUUAAUAGAUGGUUUGUUAAUUAUAAGGUUAUGACUUCAAAACUUGGAAUUUUCAUAAUAUCUUUAUAGAAAAGAGCGCCAGAAGAAUUAUUUCAGUCUUGAAAUGGUUGCUAUCGAAUAGUUUCCAAGUUUGAUACCAAUUUUUGUCCAGCAUACCUUCUAAAAAUCCCAUAAUUUUGAAAAUCUUCCCAAAAAAUUGACACCAACAUCUUGGUUUCCCAUUCAUUUCAUUAUACUAGUAUUAGCAAUACACACACACACACAUACAUAAACAUAUCUAAUAGCGUAACCAGCAGAUUGUCUGUUGCAUAACAAAACCACUAUAUAUAUAAAAUGUGUGUUGUUUUCGUUUUCGGCGGUGCUCGCUCAAAUUUCAUGUCUAGAUGAUCGCCUUGUAAUAUUUCAUUGAAUAGUCGCUGACCUUUAGACCAAUAAUACCGAAUGGGAGUACUCGAUGGCCCGUAAAGGCUGCCACGAUACGUUGAAGACGAACUCCUUCGAUAAGUAAUUGAUGCUCUGCCAUCAUUCAUACUUAACUAAUUAGACUAAACUUUCCUAACUGAAAAUUCCUCAAAACUGAGAGCACCGCCAAUGAGAACUUGAAAAGGUUCAAUUUUUUCGUUUUGGAUUUUCUGAUUCUUACAAAACAAUUUCAGAAACGUUCACUUUCAUAACAAUUUGAAAACUAAACAUUAUUAAUUUUAGAUGCAUCAAAUUUCCACAAUGUCUUCAUAUCCUCGAAGCACUUCAAAGUCCACAAUUUCGGGAAGCAAUGGCUUAUGGUCCAAGUGCUAAAUUUGUCGAAGAUCAAUUAGUUCUUCAAUGGCAGUUUUAUCUCAGAAAACGUCAUCGAUUAUGUGAAGAACAAGAAGAAUUAGAAGCUGCAAGUACUUCAGAACCAUCAAAGCCAGAUGUGAAAUAA